AUGUCGGGCCGGUCGGUGCGGGCCGAGACCCGCAGCCGGGCCAAGGAUGACAUCAAGCGGGUGAUGGCGGCCAUUGAGAAAGUGCGCAAAUGGGAGAAGAAAUGGGUGACAGUUGGCGACACAUCCCUCAGAAUUUACAAAUGGGUACCAGUAACAGAGCCCAAAGUUGAUGAUAAAAACAAAAAUAAGAAAAAAGGCAAAGAUGAAAAAUGUGGCUCUGAAGUGACCACUCCAGAGAAUAGCUCUUCUCCAGGGAUGAUGGACAUGCAUGAUGACAAUAGCAACCAGAGUUCAAUAGCUGACGCUUCUCCAAUAAAACAGGAGAACAGUAGCAACUCAAGUCCAGCACCUGAGCAGAACUCAGCAACACAAGCAGAUGGCACUGAAGUAAAGUCUGAUGAAACUCAAGCAGAUGCAAAGGAGCAACCUGGUUCAGAAGAUACUUCUGAUGAACAGAAUUCACAGUCUUCAAUGGAAAAUUCCAUGAAUAGUUCCGAGAAAGCAGAAAUUCAAUCCUCUGGAGAAAAUGAUAUAACUACAGAGGCAUCUAAAAACUCUCAGGACUCUGAAGGAGUGCCACCUUCUAAAAAGAUGAAAGUAGAGGCUUCCCAACAAAAUGUUGAAGAGAUUUAG